GAGCGGCGGCGGCGGCCCAGGGAGCCUCCCCGCCUUCCCCGCCUCUCCCGCCGGGGGCCAGGCGGAGCCAGCAGCGGAGGAGGAGGAGCGGGUGAGAGGUCGCUCGGUCCGUGGGUCGCUCGCCCGGAGAGACGGAGGAGAGGAGGAGGAGGAGGAAGAGGAGGCCCGAGUGGCGGCGCCGAGGACGGGUCAUUACAACAUGCUUGCUGUUAUUCCACAACAUUUCUGCAAUGUGGGAUAGCAGCAGUUUACCAACUUAAUGAUGGGUAGCAUCAUGCACCCACUGGUGUCACCACAAACACUGAGGGAUGUCAUUACAUGAGAUUGCCAAACAAUAAGUACAGCCUUUGUGGAAGAACAAGAAUUGGAAGCCAGGUUACUACAUUCAGUGCUUCAAUAGCCAAACUGUUCCUGUCCUUCCAAGUGACUGAAAGACAACACUGAAAAUGUCUAGCAAACCAUCUGGCACUACAAACAACAUAGCUCAGGCCAGAAGAACUGUUCAGCAAUUGAGAAUAGAAGCAUCUAUAGAAAGAAUAAAGGUGUCCAAGGCGUCGGCAGAUCUAAUGUGCUACUGUGAGGAACAUGCCAGGAAGGAUCCUUUACUAAUGGGUAUACCUGCUUCAGAAAAUCCCUUCAAGGAUAAAAAGACCUGUACUAUCCUAUAGGCAAAGCAGUGAAAUGCCUUCAAGACCCUCCCCUACAAAACCAACCAGGAAGAUUCUUAAGAGAAGUAACCUGAAGGUCACCUGGUACCAACUGCAUAAAACCACAACUCAUUUACAUACCAUGUAUAAAUGAACGUUUAAGUUUUCUAAAUUUCUGUUCUUUAUAGCAUUCUAACUAGGAAUGCGAGGUUUAUCAAGUUACUUCUUGUAAAUGAAUUAGUUUGAAGAGCACUGUUGGGAACUGGGUUGUGUUGGUGUUGCUGGAAUGAAGUUGGGUUGGGUUGGGUUCUCCUUUCAAGUGCAAUGUGUGUUCACAGUUCCAGGUGUUAGGUUGAACAAUCAAGACCAAAGUUGCCUGAGCUUCAUUUCCAGAAUAGUGAGGCAGACAAGUAUAGAGUCCUAAUCAAGCUUACUUUUACGUUUGAUUUUAUACCUGUGUAGAGGCUUGUGUAUAUAAUUUGUGUCUAUAGCUAGAGUGUGUAUGUAUGUUUGUUUUAGGUAUAUACACACAUUCCCAAGUGCAUUCUUUAAAGUGCAUCCUUCAGAGUUAAUUGCUGCAUUUAUUGAUAAAUUCUUGCAGUUCAUGCCUUUACCAUCAAGUAUGUCUUAAGCUUUUUCACAAUGUCUUAAGUGCUUAUCAACGUAUACUUAGUUUAAAUUCUUGUUCCCAACAUAACUUUGAAAGGUGACCUUUGGUUUAUAGCUUUUGUUUCUGCCUGUCUCAUAUUUCCCCUGAAGUAUAGACUCUACUGAGUAGCACAUACACUCUGAAAAUAGCAUCUAAAGUUGAAGUUCCUUUCCUUUUCACUAGACUUUAAUUAGGAAUUUUCACUCUACCUUUCCUGCAUAGUUCCUAUUGAACUGAUUUCUGGAAGCAUCCAGGAUCUUCUGCUAAAUUCACAUUUUCACAAAUGCCAAACCAUGUUAAGAGUAAGACUCAGAGAGAAAUCUGUCAUGAUAUUGCUUCUGCACAAGGCCGGUUGGAACCAGCUGUUAUUCCAUAGUGAUUCCUGAAUAAUUGCAACAGUGCUGAGCAGCAAAUUUCUGAUCAUUGUAAACCUUAUUAAAAUAUCUGUACACUUCAGGUAUUGGUGAGAUACUGAAUGGAAAGAAACAGUAUUGGCUUAAGCCAUCAGUAGGUAUCUGCAUUCCAUUUGUUACUAGCACUUUAAUAGUGUUUUCUUCUUUUUAAUAUAGUAAUCUGCCAUAACAGGAGCUUCUCCACUCAUAAAAAGGUAAAGGUUUCCCCUUGAUAUUAAGGCUAGUUGUGUCCGACUCUGGAGGUUGGUGCUCAUCUCCAUUUCUAAGCCAAAGAGCUGGCGUAGUCCAUAGACACCUCCAUAGUCAUGUGGCCAGCAUGUUUGCAUGGAGCACUAUUACUUUCCCGCAGAAGUGGUACCUAUUGAUGUACUCACAUUUGCAUGUUUUCGAACUGCUAGGUUGGCAGAAGCUGGGCCUAACAGUGGGAGCUCACUUCGCUCUCCAGAUUUGAAUCACCACCCUUUCGGUCAGCAAGUUCAGCAGCUCAGCAGUUUAACCCAGUGCACCACCAGAGGGUGCAGCAAGUUAAACUCCACUCAUAAGACACUGUAAAUUUAUAGUCAGAUAACAGAACCCUAGCCACAGAGAACAUACAGUGUUUCCAAUGCAACUUUCCACUUUCAGCCAUUCUAAUGAAAAGCCCUCUUGCUAAGAAGAGCUAGUUUUCUUCUUUUUAAUUGGUAGUAAUUGUAUCUGCUUCAGAACAGGUAAAAUCAAACCAAACCCAGAAUACCUGGUUUCACUGUGACUACACUGAGAAGCUGGUUGCAGAGCCAGUAAGCCAAGGUUCCUGCUCCACUCACUGGUGCUCAGCAUAUGUUAACCCGAAACUGUAGGAUCAAGCUUUUGUUGAGUUUUCUCUACAUUAGUACACCCUGCAAGAUGAUAAGGGACAUUUGUAUUAGAUUUCUUUAACAGUACACUACCCAAAAACCAAGUUAAAAGUCAUUCACUACAAGAAACCAACAAUUGCCAUAAUUGCCAAGUUUUCUUUUUAUCAUUUAAAAUGAUAAAUGGCAGCUUUGGAAACAGUAUAAUAUAAACAGUCAAACUCAUUUGGCUUAUUGUAUUUCUGUCUACCUUCUCAGAAUGGACAGUUUCUUAAGUAUAUUGAUUAAUAUGAUGGCUUUUGUCUCCAUAUUUCAGCCAUCCAUUGGAUGACAUUUUUUAUUUGCUUAUUGCAUAUUGAAACACAGAAAAUGUUGGACCAGGAGAACAGUGUUUCCUCCAAUAUCAGUUCCCAAGAACUAUACCUCCAUUAAUAUUCUUAAGGCUGUACUAAAAAACAAUCAAUAUUCUUUACCUUUUGGCUUAUUUUAAGGUGUUAUUUACCUGAAGUACGCAAGUCUGCCUUUCUGACGGCUGAUUCAUACAACUUUUAUUGCAUGUAACAACCUAGCUUGAUAUAUAUGUGUUGGAUCAGGUUUGUCAGUCAUUCAGCAUGUGUUAGGAUCAUGACUUGUCCUAUAUGUGAGAAGCUUGGGAAAGUGAAUUGAACUUGGAUGCUGUGACUUGAAAUUUGGGAACACUGAACUUUUCCUGGAACUGGUUCAAUCCAUAAAAAUCAGUCAGGAAAGCGAGUUAUUGAUUUUCCUUUCUUUAAAAAAGGAAGUAGUGCUGCAGUGGGACAUGAAAAGCAUAAAUACUGUGUUUAAGUCACAUGUGAUGUCAAUACUACUCUCUUUUUUUCCCUCACAUCAGAAUUGGCCCUUGUCCUAUUAGGUCUCUGAAUGCAAUGAAUCUGUAUGGGCAGAGCUGCCAAAUAAGUGUUUCCUUUUAACAUUAGCCCUAAAGUGGGGAAAUCCAUAGUGCCUCAUUGCCACUGUCGAAAAACAGACGUUGUGACAAAAAAGACACGCUCCACACACACACACCACUAUGUUAAUUCUUGGGGCCUUUACUUUUCUCUUUCUUGGUAAGAAGCUACCCUUCAUUGGGAAUUAGAACUUUUUCCUUUUGUGAAUCAUCUUUAUUUGUGAAGUUAACACAUUUUAAAGUCUUUCUUUUUAUACAUUGCCCAGUUUAGUAUUUUCAUAUAGAAAUGAGUUUAACUUGUGAAAUUACUGAAUUAAUUUUAAGCUUACAUGCAAGUAAAGCAUUGUAAAUGUUUCCUGCACUAUACAGCCACCAGCAAGUACUGCUGUGUACAUUCCUGUAGAGUACAGCCAGACACAUUCUUUUAGCAUGGAAUCAGACAUUUGAGCCAAAUACAUUGCUCCCUUACUUACUUUCCACUUUAUUGAGAUUAGUAGGUCAUAACCUUAAACAACAAAAUCACAUUACAGUGGACUGACUUAGAGUACUUACAAAUGCUUUGAAUAGGCAUCUUCAAAUUAUUGGCUACCAAGUCAGGUAAAUUUUUGGUGUUGCAGAAGCAUAACGGGCACAUUGUCAAAGGCAAUGCCAGGAUGCAGGCACCUUGGGGGGAAUGAGUGCAGGAGAAGAGAAAGGGAAAUUAUGGAGGUUGUGGUAAAACCUGUUUCUUAUAACCUUCUGUUUCCUUCUUUCGUCUUUUCCCAAGAUGUCGUAAUGUAAGACUGAAGGUCUGGAACCCUCAAGCUGGUCCUGGUUGAUCCAUGCCAUUACUAUUAUCAUCUAAAGAUUAUUUUUAAAACAUUUUAAAAAAAUGGAUUGGCAUGAUCAUGUGUUAUAUUUGCCCUCUAUGCUCAUGUAUAAGUCUAGAUGUUGUCAUCCAAAUUCAACACAAAAAACCUGGAUUGCUGUGUCAGUGUGAGUACUGUUCCUUAACUCUUGCCAGAAAAGGAACUACCCUUUUCUCUGAGUAGAAUGGUAAAAGGCAAGAACCUAAAAGAAGCACCGACCCCCUUCUACUCUCUGCUGUUGUGCCAUUUCUGACCUUGUUGAAUGCUUGGGUGGGCAAAUAGUGGAGGUGGCCACGGGUGGCCAUCUCCUUUAGGCAACAUUGAUGCUUUCCGUUCUACAUGGAAUGACCCUUGACUUAUUUGUGGAUGGUAUCAAAAUCCAGAAUUUUGGCCCCAAAUCCUGCCCAUGAGGUCAACUUUUACAUGAGUAUAUAGGGUAUUUAGACAAAAUAAGUUCGAUCUAAAGGUGCCCUUAUGAUUAUGACAGAAAUUUCUGCUUGUUGAAGGACUCUUUGCACUUCACAGGCAUAAAUAGUUCAAGAAAUCCCACUCAUGCUUUGUGGAAUGUAAUUCUGAAUGGACAUGAUUACAGGUUUAAGCAGUGAGGCAUCAGUCCUAAAAUGGGAUUCUGGGGAAUAAGCACCACUGAACAUUAGUGAGACCUGCUUCUGAAUAAUGUAUGGGAUAGCAAUGACAUGUCCAAAGACAGUGCUUGAUUUGCACAAGAGGAAGUAUGGCAACUACUGUAGAACCUCUGUAAACAACUCCUAUAGUGCUUGAAGCCAUUUUAUUUCUGCUCAAGGUGCAUUGGACCCAAACCAAUAUUUUCACCAGCAGUACUUUAGAUCUUGAUUACACACACGUAUUUUACUAACUGAAGGAGAGUAUUACAAAAACCAUGCCAUAAACUGCAGGGAUGUAAUUUUAAUAAAGUAAAAAAAAUGUGCCAACUUUGUAUUAUAAAAAUGCCUUUUGACUUUGAGUCUUGAAACCUUUGGGUCAAGAACCUGGUUUAUUUUUUUGACUUAAGUUAUCUCAUUUUUCAGUCAUAAUACGUAGUUGUAAACUCAAUUCCAAAAUACCACUAGCUGCUUGAGGGCACUUUUGUCCGAUUUUAGAUAACUGCAAGAUGCAUUGUCAUCCCCACCCCCAAGCAAUCCAUAAUGUAUAGUACUAUCACCUUGAAGAUUCAACACAUGACAUUGCUCUUUUUGUGCAAAGCUAACUUUGUAGUUAUAGUACAACUAUAGAGGCAAGUGUAGAAGAUAUUGCCAUUGCCUGCAUAUCUGCUUCUUGUUUUCCAUUCAUUUCAGUGGGACUUGAAUGGAAGUUAUAAUAAUAAUAAAACUUUAUUUAUAACCUGCCCUCUCUCCUCUAAAGGACUCAGGGCGGUUUCCAAAGUAUAGCAGAAAUGGCAAACAUUCAAUGCCAGUUAUGGAGCACUGAUGCUUAGUUGGUUGAAUCUAACAGAGCAGCCUUCGCCAACCUAGUACCCUCCAAAUAGGUUGGAUCUCAACUCCCAUUAUCCCUCAACUAGCACAGGAAAUGGCUGCUGUAGAAAUGGCGUAAUAAAAAACUGAAACAUACAGAAGAAUAACUCCUAAACCACUGUGAGGUUUUAAAAUUGGAAGAAAAUUAUAUUUAAUGAAUUUUUAGUAAUUGUAUCACUACACUGCAUCUUGGUGCUUUGAUUAGAUAUGCCUCAGAAGUAAAAUAAUACUCCAGAAGAUCUUUGUGUUCUUUUAUUUCCUUUUCCCUUUGUCCUUUUAAAUAUAUAUAUAUAUAGUCUGCUUACUUCUUAUAGGCAUACUUCUCUGGACUUUUCUUCAAAGUGCAUUUGCAAAAUAUUGUUUUGUAUGAGCAUUGUAAUUCUACAUUAACAAGAAUGACACCAUAUUUUGCCUUUUUUGAGGGGGGAGGGGAACAACAUGUGAAAUUUAUUUCAAAUAGUGUUGGCUCGUUUUUGUCUUUCACAGCCUAUCUAUGAUAACAUUGCAUACAUUGUGCAUCAUCAUGUGUUAUAAAGUUCUAUUGGAAAGCUGGCUUCCUGUAGCCACAAAAAAGGUUUUAAAAGACCUGUAAUUAAGAUUCCUGUUCACAACUAAUAUGUUUAGUAUGAUGGAUAUGAAAAACUUUAAUUAAAUAUCACUUCUUUUCAAA